AAACCCCAAGCCAGGUCACUCAGCACAUCACCUUUGUGGUGAGAAAAUGCUAUGACCAUACGUUAUACAUGACAUAACUGAGGUAGCAGAUGGUGUCAUGGUGUUCUGCAGUCAGUUGUUCUCCAGCAUGCCUUACCUUUCUGUGACUGCACAGCCUGUCACAUCUUAUUGUUGAAAUACUCAUUACCAAAGAUUCUAGAACAGAGCUCUCUCUGUUCUAGAAUCUUUGCUCAUUACUAUGACCCAGUGGUGCAGAGGCAGUGGAGCCUGGUCUGACUUGGUGUAGUUGACAUGGUGUUGAUUCUCAGGGUUGGAGAGAGGCUAGAGUGUGUAGGCUUGGCUGUGCUGCUCUCGGCCUCUUGAACUGGCUCCAUCAAGGACCAUCAAUCUUCAGCGGUUGUCAGAUCCAGUCUCGCUGUAAGGAUUGAUGGUCAUGCAACAAUUAAGGUUUGUCUUUUUUUCUAGAGGCUUUAGCCACAGAUGGCUGUCAUCAGUAGCUUGAUCAUGCCGAGUUAUGAUCAGACAAGCUACUUAGGCAAAUCCUGAUUAAAGGAUAUUGUCAGUGUUUAAAAUAGUCGUAAUAAAUAAUAAGAUGAAGCUGUGUUAGAAAUGCACUUUCACAAGCGAGGAUAUUCAAGAAAAGGGGUUUAAAGAUGGAACAGUAUAAAGAGGGGCAGAUUAUCAGCAUGCUGCACAUCUGACCGCUGCAUCCAGCCAUCCAGAGGGCUGGCGCCGCCCCCAGGUGCCAAAACAGCUACUGGCCUCCUCACCUCAACUGAACCCAGGCAAGGCGACAGGCAUCUGAACACUGCGUUCAUGCAAUGCCAUGCGACUUCAAGUCCAUUCAAGUCAUUUGGUUAAUUAAUUUCUCUGCUUACCCAAUUCACAGUUUAUCAUUUGGUCAUCAUUUGGUCAUCGAAAUAUUUCAGAUUUAAGGUUUAAAAUACCAAAGGAGGUUAGGAAACUAGAAUGACGUAAUUAUGUCAGAAUAUUCUGAAUUAAUAAGGAGAAAAAAAAAGCUACUUGACGGAUGAUUAAAGUAAAGCACAUAUUUUUCUCAAUCUUCUGUCAUUAGAAAAUCAGUUAAUUGAAGCAGAUACAGCAGUCUUAGUUGUCUUGCCAGAUUAUGUAUUAUUUUACAAAGGGAAUAAAAACAUUAUGUGUUCAGAAACAAGUGAAUUAAAUUACUAAGCGAAUAAAUGAAUAAAGCAAAGCUGAGCAUAUGGCUUCACUGAAUUAGAAAAUCAGGGCUAUUCAAUUUCUGUGGGCAAUGUUUUGAUUAUAUUCUUGAUUAAUUUAACAAAUCACUGCAAUCUAUCUCCUCACCUGUUAUUCAAAAACCCAGAUGUGCUCUAAAUGAAUGCUGGGUCAGGAGACACUAAUCAGCCAGUGGAGGUCCCUUUCAUGUUGGGUUUAAUUAACGCUCCCUCAUGCCUAAUCAAAACACACCCUCUGCACUCAUGCAACUGAUGAUCCAUAAGCUGAAGCUUGCGGUAUUUUAAAAGCUGUUAUGAUAUACUGAGAAAUGAGAGGAGUUGAAGUGGAUCUUAUGCUAGAAGAGCUGUUGAAGUAACGGAACACUCAGAAGCCUGGUAAGUGCCCACUGUGUGUGCUGAAACAGUGAAACAACUUCAGCAGGGAAUCCGUACUGUUUCAGAAGUACUUCUUACCCCAUCUUACCAACUACAAGCAUCCACCUACCAUUCCAUGGAUAGGAUUGCAUCAGGCAGGUUAAUUCAUCUCUGUGGCUAUCACAGACAAUGGAGGAAGAGGACCGCAGUCACACUAUGGAGACAUAAAGCAUCUAGACGUUCAUUGAUGUACUGAGACUCAGAGCCUGAGGCUGAAACCGUUCCAGCUUGUAUCUUGUCCAAGUCCUGACUCUGUGUAGCUUCACUCUCUCUCAUCAGACAAUGGAUUCCAGCAUAUCCUAGUGACAGGUCAAAAGACACCAAGAUGAAUGUGUCCUGGCAGGAGGAGUUCAAUGCCUCUGUGUCAGGUGAGCCAGAAUCCUGUGCCAUCUUGAGAAACCCCAGCUCACGUAUCGCCCUCUACACCUUCCUCUUAGCUGGCAUCGUCUGCACAGUGGUGGGCAACUUUCUGGUGGUCCUGGCCAUUGCGUAUUUCAAGCAGCUCCAGUCUCCCACCAACUGUUUUGUGAUGUCACUGGCGGUGGCGGACUUCCUUGUGGGGCUGCUGGUGAUGCCCUCCAGCAUGGUCCGCACAGUGGAGGGCUGCUGGCACUUCGGCGCCACCUUCUGCCAGCUGCACUCCAGCCUGGACGUCAUGCUGUGCACCGCCUCCAUCUUCCACCUCAGCUGCAUCGCCUUCGACCGCUACUACGCCGUGUGCAACCCGCUGGUCUACUCCUCCAAGAUGUCUCCUGGCCGCGUGGUCCUGCUCAUCGUGGUGUGCUGGGCUGUGCCGCUGCUCAUCUCCUUCGGGCCCAUCCUCCUGGGCCUCCACAAGGCCGGGGUGGCCAUCCCGCUGCCCGAGAACGUGUGCGUGUUCCUGGUGAACCGCGUCUACGCCGUCAUGGCCUCUAUGGUGGCCUUCUACUUCCCCAUGGCCAUCAUGCUGGUGGCCUACUGGAAGAUCUACAAGGCGGCCAAGCGGCAGGCCAUGCAGAUCAGCGCCAUGGAGUCGCAGAUGGCCGCCGGGGUGGGCAGGGACUCUAGUAAGAAGCAGCGGCACCGCAACUCCCUGAGGCGGGAGCGGAAGGCAGCCAAGACUCUGGGCAUCAUCAUGGGCGUCUUCCUGGUCUUCUGGCUGCCCUUUUUCACCCUCAACAUCGUGGAUCCUUUCAUAGACUACAGCACGGCAGGGGUGGUGUGGGACGUGCUCCUGUGGCUGGGCUAUGUGAACUCCUCCCUGAACCCAUUUCUGUACGGGCUCUUCAACAGGUCCUUCCGCAGGGCCUUCUUCAUGAUCAUGGGCUGCAGGAUCUGUCUGCCUGGAUCCAACCCCAGUAUGGACCUCUCCCUCUCGAAAAAAGACGGGAAUGACCAUCAGUAGAUACAGCCACUAUCAAGGCAACACUGUUAUUGACAUGAAUCUUAUGAAGGAUGUGUCCUUGCCACUUUUGUCAGUUACAUGUUGUGACAGACUUUUGUGGAAUGGUAAUGUUUAGGUUUCAAGGUCACAAUAGUUUUUCUACUCUAAGGUAAAGGUGGUGUGUCCUGCACAAAUGGAUUUUUUUAUCAAAAGUAACAAGCAAUGUUAUUAGCCUAAACCCGUUUUUCUGAACAACUGUGGUUAGAAAAUGAAUUUGUCUUCCUAAACCUCCAAACAGUCUGGUUUGAAGCAGUGCAAGAAAUUAAAUGUGCUCAUUUGGUGGUGGUCUUCAUGUCUAAAUGCAUGGUCUCUUGCUUCCUGUUUGUGUUCUCUGUGCAAAUAAAACAAAUGCUAAUAUGUUUUUUUAAUUUAAGUAAAACAUUUAAGUCUUAAUGUUCCCAUAAAAAAACUGCAUUGGCUUCUGACUGGUUUGAGUGCCAUCUGUGUGAUCCCCUGUGCUCAUGGCACAACAGCCCUGCUUUGGACAUGUUAUAAAUAUGACUGGUAUGGAAUUGCACUUCACUUGUUUUCACCACCCAACAUUAGUAUGCAAUGUUUAUCAGAUUUAUGUGUCUGACUACAUUUUGGUGGCAAAAACAGACACUUGACACUAACUAUACAAUUUCACAGUAAAUUGCAUUUCCCCAUUCUCCUUAUCUGCUGUACAUAAAUAAUUAGUAAAUAACAGUAAAUGUAAAUGGAAAAUUUGUUUAACUUUGUUCAACUUUGUUUCUUUGGCAACCCUAUAUUGCCAUAUGCCUUUGUCUACAGUAUAUAUUGCACUGUGAUGUUAAUAAUAAUAUAUAAAUACAAUGUGAUGUGCAAUUUUUUGUGAAGGUUUUGUGGUUGUGAAAUUAAUAGGAUAAGCAUGGCCAGGAGAACAGGCAUGUUGCUGAGCAAAUAAGUCUAUUCUAAUCUUGACUCGGGUUUAGGACAAGAACAAUAAGGUUUAGAACUCGGACUUACUUGUUCCUUGACUUCUGACUUAAUCAUCAGGACCUCAGACUUGUUGCUUGCCAAAAAAAUAUACCAGUUCUUUCAUCAGCUUUUUUUGCCAUGGACAUAGUAAUUGAAUCCUUACACUGUGAAAGUGUGAGGACAUAAAAGCAAUUACAGUACAUACAUAGCUAACAAACUUCAUAUACAUGUCUGUUGGUGA